ACCUAUCAGGUUGCUUUAUUAGCCUUAUCUAUUGUAUGUACAGUGUCCUGCACAUAUUGUAGAAGCUAUUUAUAGUUAUAAAAAGCUUUGAUUGGUUGGUUUUAUUCUUCUCAUCCGGGACCUAGUGUUUUUCAUAGGGGGAACUAGAAUCGCCUACAACGUCAUACCUCGAAACUUAAAAAAAAAAACUUGUCUUCCAGAAGGAGAAAAACAAAAGAAUUUGACCUGGAUAUAUUUAGAAAUGGACAUGUGUACAGCAGAUAUUGGUAGUUUCGUAUAAAACAUUCAAACAAAUAUUAUACGAAGCGAUAAACAGGUGAUGGCCGCACCAGUGUUUUAACAGCGCGUGGAACUUCACUACCUGCGGAAUCGCGGCAUUUGUUCAUACUGACAGAGGAUUGCAACAUUCUUGGAGUUGUUAAAAUGUUAUAGCUCAGUCUAAUUUGUAUACAAUGGCUACAAGUUGUGAAAAGCUUUGUGGGCUUGACUUUUCAUCACAGACUGAACUGGUUAGCAGUAAUGUUUUGUGGACAUGUCUUUAUGUGAUAGACAAGUCUUCAGAAUUUAAGAAUUUGGCAUACAGGGCAACCAAAUCAAGGCUUGGAGAAGAAUUACUGGUUAUCUACCGUGAUGGUGUAUCAGGAGUUUUUGGUCCUCCCGUAGAACCUAUAACUUUAACAAUAAAUCCGCAAGGCAGCUGUUUGUUGACGAUACUUUUUAAACCUGUACAGCGUGUCUCCUUACUAUCAGCUGAAUCUGGACAAAUUGAAAUAAACACCCUACUGAUAAUGUUGCGCAUGAUUUCUGGAAAGGGUUAUUAUUUCUGCCCUGGUAUACCUGAAAAGCUUUUAGUAGGAAAGGUGUACUUCAAGUUUGUGGCUCAUCAUAAGGUACCUUUUAAACGAUUUCAAUCAAUCCACUGCCCUGUUUAUUAUCAAGCACCAAUGUAUCAAGAGAACACAUCUUUGUUAGCUGUUUGUCCAAAGUGUAUACAAGCAGCUAAGUGCAUGGAAUCACUUCCUUUUAAUCAUAAUAAAAGAAACCUGCAUUCAAAUGGGCCAACAAAACUUGAUGUGAAAGAUACAUUAUCAUUUGAUACAACCAGCAGAAAAGAAGAUAGUUCACAUCAGAUGCAAAGCGAAACUAGUCCCUGCGCAUCUGGAAAUCAGUCAUUUCUGCUGAAAAACUCCGAUCAAAUAGCAGCAGAUGACAUAAGUAAAUCUUCCCAUGGAUUUUUAAGUGAUAACAGUAAAGUCACAUCCCUGUGUGUUAACAGUGAAAGGGAAAAAAAUCUCCAACAUAAACUGCUGUCAGUCACAUCAUCUCUGCGAUACACAUUACAAGAAAAGUAUAAAAAGAAAAGUCUGUUUUUUCCUUUGGAUGACUUUGCAGGUCUAGAAGCAUUAGACAGUUGUAAAGAGAACAUCGCAACAAGCAACAAGCAAACGAAUAAUAUCUGCAAACAAUGUAAAAAGCAUUUUUCAUCCCCUGCAAGUCUUUUAAAUCAUAUUCAACGGCAUGGUGUUUUGGGCAUUUGGAAAAAAAGCCUCAGAAUUAAGAGACAAAUUAGUAAUAGAAACUCAGCAUAUUUGCAUAAGAUAAUUAGAGCAUUCUGGUUUCACCCUGGAUCAAGAAGGCAUUCUCUUAGUUUAUCUGACACUUCCAUAAGGCUUAUUUUAAAGUACUUGAAUGAUAUUUUCCCAUCUACCAAUAGCAACACUUUAUCACAACACAAGUUUCCUCACUCUUCAGGCAUUUCGAAGAGUGAUAAAAAUACAAUGCUGUCAUCCAACAGUAUUUGUGAAGAUAUAUUAAAUAAAAAAAGACCAGUACUAAAAAGGACAUCUAGUGGUCUAUCAACCUUAUUAGAAGCAGCUGCGGUUGCUAGUGGUGGAUAUGAGGAUAUAAAUAAUGCAUCUAAUUCCAACUUGAAUGUCGUAGAACCUGUUGUUAGUAGUAAAAUAUUGCCAGUAUCUAAUACAGAAGAUUUGAAAUUUUUAGGAUUGGACUCAUUUAAAGCUCCAAAAAAACGUAGGAAAAGUUCAAGACUUGCAUGCAAAAGUGCUAAGCGAAGACUUAAAAAAAAUAUUAAAGAGGCUGAUAAAACUGAGAAUAUCAUGUGUGAGAACUCUUCUUCUCAUGAAUCUUCAAUGCUUACAAAUUUAAACCUCUUAUCAACUGUUAGCCUUUUAGACCGUCCUAUUUCAACAGCUGAUUCAAGCACCCCUGGAACUCAUUUACAAGAAAAAGCUAACACUAACAGCAGUAGUGAAAGAGGACUACAGAUAAAUGCCAUAACUAAUGAUCUCUCUGCUUCUGAGUUAGAAAAAGGUGUUACUGAUAGUUUUGUAAAUAAAACUUCAAGAGGAAACCUACUUUUAACCAAUGUGGAUCAAGAAUGUAUUUCUGACAAACAAGCUUCAAUAAUUACAAAUGAAUUAAUUCUUAGUCAUUGCUCACCUGAUGGGAAAAGUUCUAUUUCUUCGGAGUCUGUGCUACAGAAUCUUGUGCCUGCAAAUAAAAUGGACAUUGAUUGUGAUCAUUCUUCAAGUAAUUGUGGAGCUAUUGAUUUAUCAAAGCCAAAAAUGAUGAAUGUUGUCGAUAACUUUUCAAAAAACACAAAAAAGAUUAAUAUGUUGCCACACAACAUUACACAACUUGUUACAGGAAGUAAUUCAUUAGAGAUGCUUGAGUAUCUAAUGACAGUUACUAAUUCAAGUGUCACUCCUAAUCAGCAUUCUCAGAAAAUAAUGCAACCCACUGAAAAUAUAAUAAGUAACAAGCAGUCAGAUUCUGAUCUCCAAGCUCGUAUGUUUGCAAGUGCUAGGAACUAUAAAAUUGAAAAGAAGUUAAAUAGCUUUCCGCAAGUUCAAGCUGUUAUUGCCUCAACUAGUAAAAUUGUUCAGUCAGGGAAGGGUGGAAAUAAUAGUUUGUCAGAUACACAAGGAGAUGAAAUACAGUGUGGCUAUAAAUGGAGUGGGUCUGGUGGAUUAGUUAAAGAACGUACUCAAAUGGUUAGGGAAUUGGUACCUUCUGAUGUUAUGGCCAACUUUCUUAAUAGACCCCAACCAUCUUGUCAACAGCAGCAGUUGGUGAAUCACUCUUCACCUGUUUUGUCAGUGACACAGAACCCACCACAAUUGUUUUCAGCUGUAACAAAUUCUUCUGAUACCAGCCAGCAAGAUAUUUUAUUAUCACCAGCCCCUCAAAUUGCUUUAAAUCUUACAAAUAAAACUACCAGAAUUCCAAGUCCAAAGAGAGCUGUUGUUGGCAGAACUCGUAAAAUUGUACCUAAUUUAACAUCAUCACCAGUAUGGAAUGUGACUCCUGUUAGUUCAUCACCUCGAAGUAUUUUAAGAUCAUCUCUUUUAAAUCCAUCAGUUUCAUCCUCUCCUGUUCACCAGACAAUUCUUUCUGACCCUGUUAAUAAUGGUGGUACCAAUGUAGCCAUUAAUUUGUCUUGUACAAAUUGUCCUUCCCCAAUAUCAUUACCAUCGCCUGUACCAAACAGCCAAGCUUCAUCAAAUUAUAGCAUUUCAAGUCCAUCUCUAGCAGCUAUGCUUCGCCAACCAGCUACUUCGAAACACGAUUUCAACAAUUCUGAAUUAAUUGGAACUAUAAGCAGCAAUGUUAUUUCUCCUGUAUCUGUGUCAUUACCUCAACAUACUCCAGUAGUCAUCACCAGUAACACACAGUUAACUUUACCUGGUGGUGUUCAGAUCAAAACAGAGCCUGCAGACACUUACAUACUUGACACAACCCAACCUAGAAUUAUUAUGUCAUUGCCAGUCAAGUCAGAGCAGUUUAAUAUAAAAUUGGACAAAAGAAACAUUCAAGAUACACCUUUUACUAUUGGCUCACCCAAUAUGGUGAUGGAUAUCAGGUCAGAUUUAACUGCUACUUAUGGAGAAGAUUUAUCAAAACCUAAUAGUACAGUGUCAAAAGCUGCAGAGAGAAAAUCUGAUGGAUCAUCUGUGAAGUGUUAAUGCCAUUGCCAUUACUAAUUGAUUUUAAAAAAAAAAUGAUUUGUCAUUAAUCAAAUGAAGAACACUUACAUAAGCUUUGUGAUAUUGCAUGCAAGAAACUCAAUGUAUGUUGUGAAGACAUUUUUGGAUAUCUGCUAUAUUUUGCUUGUUAGGAGAUUUAGAAUACAGUAGGCCUAUCUUGAAUAUUGCUUCCCCAGAACCAGACUGUUCAGUGUUCUAACUAAAUUUUUCAGACACAUUUAGAACAUAGUGUUUAACUCUCAAAAAGGAGAGAAAUUGGUUCUUGGGAAGUUAUAAAGCUGAUUUUAUCUUAAUAUUUCAACAUUUUUAAUCAUGUAGUCAUUUUUCAAUUUUAAACCAGAUAAAUCAGCAAUCCAAAUGUCUGCACAACACAAAAACUUUCCUGUCUGAAACACUAUAGAUUUUUAAAAUGUAUUUAUUCUUUUAUUUUAUCUAACUACUAAAAUGUUGCAACCCAAGAAUGUGAAUGUUGUUUGAAAAUAGGUACAUUCAUAACUAAAAGACAAGCCUCUAUUUUCAUGUAAAGAAUGAUGGUUUAUCCUAAAAAAAACCUGUGGGUUUUUUUUUUUAAUUAAAUAAAAUAAGUUGGUUUUGGGAAAAGGCAGAAAAGCUACAUAUCUUAUUUAAAUAUGUGUCUGUGUAUACAUAUAUGUGUACAAUAUAUAUAAAUUGUAUAAUAUAUAAAAAUGUUCCCAAUCUACUGGUACGCUGAAUUCUGCCCAUUAGCCAUGUCAUCAUUUUCAUUAAAUUUUAAAUAUAUUUCUUAGUGCUCAUUUUUUUGUUUUUAAAGUGCUGACAAGUUAUAUUUGGGUUGCAGAAGUUGAAACAAAUACUAAAUCUGCAACCUUAUUCUAAUUUUCAUAGAAUAAGCUGGAUCGUUGGAUGUAUAAAUACUGCCUUUCAUUGAAAAUGUCUACCUCCCCUGCUACAAAGGAAUUGACUUUUUAAAAUAUCUAAGCCUAUUGCAAUUUUCUUGCAGUUCAUAUAUGUUUCAAUUACCAAGUGUUCUGUACAAAUAUGUCCAUAAAAUGGAGUAAAAAGAAACAUCUUUAUGAGUCAGGCUGUGAAACUACCUUGUGAUACUUGCAUCCUUUGUAUCAAUGUAUACAGUUGAUUAUUUAGGGGUGUGUGUUAUGGUUAAUCUUUUGUUAGAUUAGACCCUUCAUUUUCAAGUUGAAAAUAAGUUUUUAACAUUGACUGCUUAUCAUUGUUACAUAAAAUUAAAAUAACUGAUAAAUUCUGCAGAAUAUACCACAAAAUCAGUUAAUAAAUAUUUUAAAUUCUAUUUAGUUGUAUAGAUAUUUUGAUUGUUAUAUAAAUCUCAUGAGCAGUAUUGAAGGAUGUAAAUCUGGGCUGAAGGAUUCAUAGCUUACUAAGCUUACACAAGAGUGAGAAACAGCAGUUAGUAGUAAGUCAUCUUCAUGGUAAAAUACAAGUUAACUAAGGCCUUGAAUGAUGACUUGCAUACUGAAAAAAACUAAUACAUUCCAGUUCUGACUGACUGAAAUUGUAAUUUCAGGAAAUAAUUUUUAAUUGCGUAAACAUUUUAACAUGUUUUUAAAAACACUAACUGGAUUUUGAAAAUGUCAGCUUUGUUUUUAAAGAUGUCUAUUUUUGCUUAUUAAAAUAUAAAUUGUUGUACACCUCAUUUUUUUUACAUACACACUUAUAUUGGAAUCCAAUUAAAAAAAGGGGAGUUAACAAGUACAUCAAAAACUAUGUAGUAUGUAGAUCUAUCAAAUGAUCUGGUCUAGACAAACACUAUCCCUGAUCAGCUAAGUAGUAUUUUUAUGCUUCACAAGAUGAGUAGUCUACUAUUUGCAUUGCAUGUACAAUUUAUUACACAGUUUGUUCUAAAAAUCUAUAACUUGUAUUAUUAGGUAAACAUUGUAUAUAUUAUGCUACACAAAUAUGCAACAGCAAUUAAACAGCUUAUUUGUACUUGUAAGUAAAAUGGAGAAAAUGAACUUAGUUUACAAGAUUUUUGUUUUGUAAACUUCAAAAUUUUAAAUUCAAAGUAAACUCAGUUAGAUGGUACUUUUAAUUUUUAAAAACAAAAGGUUUCAAUUAUGCAAUAUUGAUUUACUACUAUGCAACUAAUUUGGUUUUCUUGUGUCCAUUAUUGUUACAUUCAAAUUCAUUUCAGUCCUUUUAAAAACAUUUGCCUCACAAAUCUUUUUGUUGUAAAUUAAAUUCAAAUAUAUACACACAUCUCAUUUUAAAAUUAAAUUUUGUCUUCAAUCUUUUAAAAAUUUUUUAAGUGUUUUCUUUCCAAAAGUUAUUUGAACCUCAAUUUAUAAUUAUGUGUAUAAUAGAUAUACAUAUGUUUAUAUAUGUACCUUUAUAGCUGUAACCAGAGUUAUGGGCAUUAUGUAUUAUGAUGAUUAAAGUUAUUUAUUUGCAUCUGCUUAGUAUUUUAAAUAAAUUACUAUACUGAAUAUUGAAAAGAUUUUUUAAAUUUGCAGUUAAUUCAGUAAUAAAGUAUUAUAUAAAGGACAUUCAUAGAAACUUUUGUUAAUACCAUUUUUUUUUCUUUUAAGAGAUGGGCAUUUUUAUAUUGUACAGCAAUUUGAUGUUUUUGUUGCUUUCCACCUUAAAGAAUUUGAAAAUAUUAUUCCACCUUAAACCUUAUUGCAGUUUUGCAAGAAAAGAUAGCUGGCAUUAAAAUGAGUUAUAAAGUUCAACCAUUUAUUUAUCCAUUUGUUUUUGGAUCUCAAUUAAUAGGUGACCAAGAAAUUCUGUAUAAUUCAUUAACCUAGCAUCAAUUCCUAAUAUUAUGAACCUUUAAUUUUUUAAUGCUGUUUUGUAACAUAUUUUGAAUUGCUCUUGGUCACAUUCUUUAACGAUCAUAAUGAAAUAAUGUUCAAUUUGUUUGAAAUUUAAUUCUUAGUUUAUGAUUGUUUUGCCUUGUUUCAUACAUAUCCAUAAUAAACUUUACAAUUUUAGAUACAUGUUCCCAGCCAAAGUCUGUUUGAUGCUAUAGUUGCUAUACUGAAAGAGAAUAUUUUGCUCCAAAAAUGUUUUUGAACAUAAAAAUCAAUUAUGAAAUUCUUACAUAUAAUGCUCCAUGCUUAAGGCUAUUUAUCAAAACAGAAAUCAGUAAUUUAGUUACAUUAGAUUAUUUAAAUAGACAUGUUAUAUGUCACCUAUAAUAAUAAAUAUUCUGUUAUAAUUUUAAAUUCUCAUUUCACUGUAAAAUACUGUACAAUAUUUGUCACACUUAAAAGGCUUAUUUAAGUAUGAUUAAUGUUUAUUAACAUUGAUUACUCUAUUAAAGUAAAGCAGCAGGCCCUAUAUAUUAGUAUACAUGGUAAGUUAUUUCACAUAAAUUACAAAUUGUACUAAUUAUAUUUUUACAAGGCAAGAUAAUACACUCAGGGAAACACUACAGAUGAAAGAUUUGACAGAGAUAAAAUUUUAUAUAAUUUUUAUAACACUUAGUUUCAUGUUCAUUUGAUUCUUUUUUUAAAAACAUGUUUAUUAAAAAGUAUAGAUUUUUAGUAUCAAACUAAGUUCAUGCUUGGAUUCGUAAAUGCUGAUUUACUAUUGUAACAAGUGUUUUUUUUUAUAUAAAAACUCUAAAACCAGUAUACAUUGAUCUCCAAUGAAUUUGACCUUCUAAACUGAUACAGGUGAUCAAUUAAAACCCUAUUACUUUUCAAACAUAAUUUUUACAAAAGCUAUGGCUGUAGAUACAGAUAGGUUGUUCUCAUCACCCCAACAAAUCAGCUUUGAUGAUGUUAAUUUUGGUAACAAUUUAAAGUACAGUAGUUUCUUGUCAUAUUGCUACUUGUAAAAAAAAAAAGAUCUAGAUAUCAUUAUCAAUAUCCCAAUGCCUAUUGUCAGUUUGAGUUAACCAUAUUUAAGAUUCUUUUAUGUAUGAUGUGAAACCAAAAGGUUGGUUACGCUGUGUAUUUCAAGUAAAUAAAAGAAACAGAAAUAGUUAACAAUGGUUAUAAAAGUCAUCAAAAAUAAAUUAUUUGCCUUUUGGUGCGAAGCUCAGAGUUUUCUUUCUGUUCAAAAAUUAUGUUUGAAAUAAAUGUUACUCUAUACGAAAAACUGUUGUGCUGCUCUAUAACUUUAGUAGAAUUAAUUAUAUUAUAGUAGGUUUUGAAAUUUAGGUUUACUCAAAACACAUAGCAUUCUAGCUCACGUAAUUUCAUCAUUGAAAGUAUUUGGUGGUAAUGAUACUGUCAUUAACUAGUUUAAACAAUGCAUUUUUCAGCUUUUCUUUCAUAACCUGUUACAUUUAAUAGAAAACUUGCUUUACACUAUUCAGAUAUUCUUGGAUGUUAUUCAUUAGUAAAUAUAAACACUGGAUAAGAUUUUCAUUGAAAAUGUUAAAUUAUCUUUCAUUAAAAUCUAUAUUUGCUUUUAUAGUUCUAUGGCCUACUUGUACAAAAAAAAAAUACAAAUGUAAAGAUUUGAAAUUUGCAUGUUGGCAUGGUGAAAUACAGUGUAACAGUGAUAAACAAUAUAGUUACUGGUAUUUAAUAAUAUUAUUGGUCCAGUGCUUUAAGUAAUGUUUUUAUGGUCAUUGGGAAAUAGUUUAUACACAUUGAUAACAUUGUUUUCUGCUCUUGCCAUCAGUUUGUGAUAUAUUAUACUCAGGCCCUUUAUUUGAAUGGUUUCAUUUUCGAUGCUCUUUACUUGAUUCUUCAAACAAUUAAUCUAGUACUUUGUACAAUUGAAUGGAUUCAAAGGUUGUUUUUUUUUUUACUUUAACAUAAGACUGCUAAAAAUAUUUUUACAAGGGUUAUUGUUUACAUUUCUAUUUAGGACCCAUCCAUUAUUGUACACUUUUAGUAACACUUGUUUUGUUUUUUUCUGUUAGCUAUAGUAGUAUUUUUAAAAUAAAUUCUAAAUGGUUUUAUUUCACUUUAACCUGGGACUGUUCAAAACAAUUAUAUUCAUAGCUUAGAAUGAUACUUAUAUUCUGUAUUCAAUAUUACUUAUUAAAUUAGUAGCCCUUAUUGAACAAUAUUAAAAAUGACAACAGUUUUUUUUUUAUUGUUAGUAUGUGUACAUUUUGUAAAUAUUAAAAUUCACUAUAGUUUCAUUAGUCUAUUUCUAAAAAAAAAAGGGCAUUCACUGUAGCUAAUCAAUUGUAUCUAAUUGUUGGCUAUCAAUGCUACAAGUGUAUUCCUUAAAUCACCCUGAUACAUGAUAUGACCUAUUAACUUUAUAUACAUAAACCAUUUUAAACAAAAUAAAAAUCUAUAUUAA